AUGGCCCACGUCGACAAUGAGGGUGAUGGCUUCGAUUCAGAGGAGGACCCUCCAGACGACGAGCACGAGCACGUGGACGUUCCACGGGUGUCGGAGCCGAAUGGCCGAAAGCCAUCCACGGCUGAAGACUGGAGUGCAUGGAGGUGGGCGGAAGCCUUCUUUUUCAAGGCCAAUUGUACAAAGGCAAAGAGCUCCUUUUGUGCAAUGCAGACGGAGGAUUUUUGGCAGAAAAGUUCCAGUGCCGGUGCUCCUCUCCCUUCAGUGGCCUUUGAAGGACCAGCUGACUUGCCGAAGUCAGAAGCCGUUGCAAUACUUCCACUGAAGAAGAAGAGGCCUGGAAGACGAGCAGAUGCGCAAUCCACUUCUGAGAGGAAAGGCAUUCAGGUGCUAGUCUCACAGCUGAAGCUUGAGGACUAA